AUGGCCAUGAAUGGGACACUGCUGCCCUUUCUAUAUCCGUGUCUCCACACGAGUAGAAGCAAUGCGCCGCGCACCUUGAGAAGGUGGCUACAACUAGGACGACCGACCAGAAAUACACAAUGUCUAACCAAAAGACACCUCGCAACCGUUUCCAGCACACAAGGAGGCCAUGAAGACGAGAGCUUUGACGAUUCAACCGAAAGUGAACUCGAUCGCUUGGAUCCACCGCCAGACUCGUACUCAAUUACCCCUUUCACCGACCGAUGUUCGAUUGUCCUACACGCAGGUGCAGGAGGCCACGGCUGUAUCAGUUUCUUGCGCGAAAAGUACAUUGAGAACGGUCCACCUAAUGGCGGCGACGGAGGAACAGGAGGAAACAUCUACAUCCAGGCAGUGCAAGGCGAGACAUCAUUACACAAGCUUGCGCGACGAGGAAUCCUAAAAGCUGGUCGAGGAAAGAAUGGCCAAGGAAAGGGUCAGGGAGGAACUAGAGGAGAAGACAUAUUGAUCACAGUACCAGUGGGCACAAUUGUUCGAGAGGUGUGGCGACACGAUCCUGUAGCAGAGGAAGAGUUGGCAGACAAGAGGGCAAAAGCCAUGGGAGCAGACGCCGUCUUUGACGAUGAGCCUGGUGUCGUCGACAACACUCGCAAAUGGAGGCGCGACAAGUGGUUGUUGUUCCCUGGUGCUAUGCCUCAAUCCUUCACAUCCGCCGACUUCCCUCCUUUACCGCGUCCCAGAAGAUCACAGAUCGCAAUGGCCCAGCCUCCGGCACCUAUACGCCUGGAUCUGGAUACUCCUAUGGAGACCCCUCAGCUGCUUGCUGCUGGUGCAAUGGGUGGUUUAGGUAACCCUCAUUUCGUUACANAAAGCAUUACUCGUCCCAAGUACGGCACAAAGGGCGAUGAGGGCAUGAAGGUAGAGAUCCAGCUCGAACUCAAGCUCCUUGCAGAUGUGGGUCUCGUCGGUCUCCCGAAUGCUGGAAAGAGCACUCUGCUACGAGCCAUCACCAACAGCCGCGCUCGUAUCGGCAACUGGGCCUUCACAACCCUGCAACCAAACAUCGGCACCGUCGUGCUUGACAACCACAAAGGCCGUCCUCUGGUUGCCACCUCAGCCAACAGAAAAGGUCCUCCUCGCACAAACUUCACCAUCGCCGACAUCCCCGGUCUGAUCGAAGACGCCCACCUCGACCGCGGUCUCGGUCUCGGUUUCCUCCGCCACAUCGAACGCGCCGGCAUCCUAGCCUUUGUCGUCGACCUCAGCGCCGGCGACGCAAUCCAAUCCCUGCAAGGCCUCUGGAAAGAAGUCGGCCAAUACGAAGCCCUCCGCGACCGCGAAGUCAACGCCGAAACCGAACGCCGCGUCCAAGAAGAAAAAGAAAUGGUCCGCUACUCUCCGCCCGUCAAAGCCGAGCCUCCAAACAUUUUCGAAGAUGGUUCUGUCUUGUUUAACCCUGAUGGUUCGAGGGUCUUGCCUGAACUCAAGUUGCCCCCUAUUUCGUCAAAGCCUUGGUUGGUGGUUGCCACUAAGGCUGAUUUGCCAGAGACGAGGGAGAAUUUUGCUGCUUUGCAGGCUUAUUUGAAGAAGGUUGCUAAGGGCGAGACACUGCAUCCUAGUGGCAAGAAGAAUGCUUGGAAGAAGAAGCUUCAUGCCAUUCCUGUCAGUGCCAAAUUGGCUCAGGGUGUUGAAAGAAUCACUCCCAUCGUUGUUGAUCUCUUGGAAAACUAG